AUGAAUGUUGACGAGCUCUUUAAAAAACCACCUGUUACAGGGGGCGCUAAGCGCAAGUUCGAGCCUGUUCAAAAUCCAAAUGAGGUCUACAAAUCAGCAAAACUAGACCCAAGUGGUGAUGCGAAAUCAAAGGGGAAAGCACCAAUUAUGGAGGAUGAUAUUGACGACGGCGAAGCUGGACCUGAGCUCCCUCCAGACUUUGAGGAAGAUAUACCAGACGACGAGGAGGGCCGUUUCUUCGGCGGUGGAAUGGAACACAAGACAGCCCAAGCAAUGGAGUACAUCGACCAGCAAGAGGAAGACGAAAUUGCGCCCGAGAAGUUCGACUCUGCAUGGGUGCGCCGCUUCGCAUUGAAUUUUGAGAAGAAGAUCUCCAAGAAUGCUGAACUACGAGCAAAGUUUGAGAGUGAUCCAAAAAAGUUCAUGGCUUCCGAAGCCGACCUGGAUACUGAAAUCAAAGGCUUGUCUAUCUUGUCUGAGCAUUCUGAUCUAUAUGAGGAAUUUGCCAAAAUGGGAUGCGUCGCAUCCUUGACCUCCCUCUUGUCACAUGAAAAUGCCGACAUUGCCAUUGAUGUCAUCCAGAUAAUCGGUGAAUUGACAGACCAGGACGUGGAGGCAGAGCAAGAGCAAUGGGAUGCUCUUGUCAAUGCAAUGAUGGAGGCCGACCUCGUCGAACUGUUGGCUCAAAAUCUCUCCCGAUUCGAUGAAGGGUCUGAAACAGACCGAGCGGGAGUAUAUUAUGUGUUAGGUGUAAUGGAAAACUUGGCCUCUCAAGCAUCACAUGCGGAGAGAAUUGGACAGGACGCUGCAAUUUUGCCUUGGAUCCUGUCCCGCAUUCAGCGAAAAGAGGUGACUGUCAGCCAAAACAAACAGUAUGCUGCAGAAAUACUGGCAAUCCUCUUACAGUCUACCCCGAAGAAUCGCAUAAAGUUCAUUGAGCUCGACGGCAUCGAUAUCCUCCUCCAGCUCCUCAGUACGUACCGCAAACGCGACCCAGCUAAGGACUCUGACGAGGAAGAAUACGUGGAGAAUCUGUUUGAUGCGCUCAUCUGCCUUAUCGAGGAAGAUGCAGGGAAAGACAAGUUCGUGGAGGCCGAAGGAGUUGAGCUUGCACUGAUCAUGCUCAAGGAAGGCAAGUUUAGUAAGCCACGUGCUUUAAGGGUUCUUGACCACGCUUUGGGCGGAUUGGGAGGUGCCCCGGCUUGUGAGAGGUUGGUGGAGGCAGCUGGCCUGAAGACGGUUUUCGGAAUGUUCCUGAAGAAGCAAGAGGGUCAAAACAUCGAACAUUUCUUGGGGAUUUUCGCCUCUCUUCUCCGUCUUCUGCCCGGUGGUUCUGCUUCCCGUAUCCGGACGUUGGCCAAGUUCAUGGAGAAGGACUAUGCGAGGAUCGAGAAGCUCAUCAAUCUCCGGCGCGACUAUGCCGCACGCGUCCUACCUGUCGAACAAGCCAUCGAAAAAGAGCGCAGAACAUUUGAUAAGGAGGAGCAAGAGCUUAUGGCUGGUGAAUGGCUGUCGAGGCGGUUCGACGCGGGUCUGUUCUCAUUGCAGACAAUUGAUGUCAUUUUGGCGUGGCUCAUUGCCGAAGAUGAUGGAGCAAAGAGGAAGAUUGUUUCACUUCUUGCGGACCGUGACGAAGAUUUAUCCCUGGUUCGUGGCACCUUGCAAGAACAAAUCAAAGGUCUCAGCGAGGAUGAACCGGGCCACAAAGACUUGGAGGACAUGCUUAGCACACUUUUGCAGUUUGUUUAA